AUGAAUACAGCAACAUUAGAAGCAAAUUUCAACGCAACCAACGGUCAGUGUAAUGGUAAAAUUGUUAAUGAAAUCGUGACUAUUUUAUUUGGACAUUUAUACAAGAGUGUGAAUCCAUUUCAAUUUGCUAAGAUAGUAAGAGAUAUCGCAUCGUCUAAUACAAAAACGGAUCUAAAAGAGGCAUUUAGUGAAAAAAGUCAUUUUGAUAGCGAAACCAUGUUGGAGGGUUCACAAGUGAUAUUAAAACGAUACAUUGCAGCAACAAAUAGUAUACAAAACGGUGGUGAUUAUGACGAAGCACGGCGAACGUUCGGUGCAAUGUUACAUACGCUACAAGAUUUCUAUAGUCAUACAAACUAUAUUGAACUCGAACAUACCGAACCCAGUCAAGUACUGGGUCGAAGACAUUUUAAUGAAAAUGAAUAUGCAUCGAAAGGUAUGCAAACAUGUGUUGAUUGUACCGAUGAACAGUGCCACUCGAAUCUCCACGAAGAUAUUGUCAAGAAAAAACUGCUAACAAGUGGCUAUUUCGUACCAAUUUUGCUUAAUUUUAUAUCAAAGAAGAAACCAAAAGGUAAAUGUUCUCACGGUGGUUCCUUUGACUCAACUACUAAUGAUGAUGCAAAAGGUGGAAUUAAUAAAGACAAGUUGGAUUCAGUACAUGGUUAUUUACAUUACAAAGCAGCCAGUAUGGCUUACCAAGCUACUGUCGAUAUAUUAAAAAAAUUUUGGAAUGACACCAAGGAUGAGGAUUUUGGGCUAUUUCUUGGUUUGAAAAAGAAUUUGAAUAGUUUGAUGGUAUCAAUUGAUACCGCGUGUAGCAUGGCGGAAUAUGUGGAAUUGGCAAAACAAAUAUCAGUGGGUAUUGUUAAUCAAUAUAAACUUCUUGAUUAUGCACCACACAAUUACAUAUUGACUUCAUUUAACAGCGAAUUAGCAAAUCUUAUAGUGAAUACCCGAGAGCCCAGCAACUUAAUAUCCGUCAUUCAACAGUUGAGUUCAUGUGAAAAGAAAAAAAACACGUCGGGAGAACUGUAUUAUCAUGGUCUUGUUGAAGGUUUGAAAGUUUGUGAAUACGGGUCCGUCGUCUACACCUUUACAGAUUCUCCAGCGAAAGACGCCUAUCUGAAGCAUCAGGCUCUAGCUUUGAUACGUAAUAAAAAAAUUGUGGUCUAUUCACUCAUUGGGCAGGAAGCCAAAACAAGAGCCUUAUUAACACCAAAAAUUCGUGAUGAUGUUAUUGAUCCACUCGAUGGUAGCGGCGACAAUACAGACCUUGCGACUAUUAGUGGAGGACUGACGUUUCCAAUCACUGUGAACGAUACAUCAGCUAUAUCCCAAUUUGUUCUCCGACGUUUGGAAUGGACAAGGUUACAACCAAUUUUACUGUUAAAAUCAAAUGGAACAUCCAUCUCAUUUCAAGUUGAUUCUUCGAUUAACGAGCUUCAGAUUGAUAUAACAUCAAUAAGUGAAAUCAAUAACAUUAGUAAAGUGGAGUUGAAAAUGCCGAAUAACACUCUAUAUCGUCUACACGAAAACUCUGAAAAAACCAAGCAUCUUCAUAUGUGGAAUAUACCGAAACCGACCCAAGGCACAUGGCAAUUAACAACUGAGAAAUUUUCUCAACUCACUCAUGAUAUACAAAUUCAAGGUAAAACGAAUCUGACUUGUUCAUCAACACUACAAAAGACAAUGCUAGAUGCUGUGGAUAGUAGUGGUUAUACGCAGUUGACCACUGAACCAAUCGUUCAUUCUAAUUUAACGAUACUAACAACGUGCGAAAACCUGAAUCUUGCUACUGCUGGCGUUCAAAUAACGAUUAUCGAUCAAUUCGGUAGCAUAUUAUCAAACCUGACUUCAUUUAAACACGAUGAGAUUGGAUCGUUGACUAAUAUUACAAUACCGAGUAAAAAAUUUCGUAUUGUUACCUUGAUUACUAUACAAAAUGGCAGUAAAAUACAGCGGAUAGAAAAGCAGUUGAUAUCACCGACAACAAUAUCAAUUGAAGUAACGAAUCAACCAUUUUUUUUGCCCAUAAACGAAUCGAUUCGACUGUAUUAUACGAUAAAAAGUUAUACAAAAGAACAAGUGACCGUUCUUCUUCACAUAAUUGACACUUUAAAAUUAUUAGGUGAUGCAGGUAUUGAGAAAAAUUUAACAUUUGUUGAUAACAUUACCGGGAGUGAAAACAUAAGACUGCCAAAUGAUUACAAUAAAAAAUUAACAACCGAUUUAGUUACAUUUGCCAUAUCAAUAAACAAUAAACAAACACAAAAAAAUACAAAUGAGAAUGACGAAACUAAAAAAAUCUUACACGAUAUGCUCCAAAUAAAGUCGCACAACUCCGUAGUGCACGCUCGUUAUGCUCUUGUUCAAUGGUCACUACAAGCAUUUGAUGCUUGGCGAGAAAAAAUUAAAAAACCAGCUAUUAUUGCCAAUCAUUUAAAGUUAGCAUUAGAAUAUGAAAGAGAAAAAGACAAUAUCCAUAAACAAUUGCUCUACUAUUUAGGACGUUUAAAAUAUGACAUAGCACAUUUUUCGUGUUUAGAAAAAUUUGUUUAUUCAUUUUUAUCAAUUCCCAUACCAAAAGCAACGUUAGGGGAAGCAUAUACUUAUUUUUUAAAAGUUUAUGAACUAGAUGCUUAUUUCGAACAAAACUUAUUCUAUUUGGCUAUAGCCGCUUAUGAAUUGCAUUACAAAGACGCAGCAAUACAGUAUUUCAAAUAUUUAAUUGAUUUACCUAACCAGAAUAACGAAGUGACAUUUUUACAAAACGAUGCAGCAUAUUUAUUAACCGAAUUACUGUUAGAAUGCAAGGAAAACGAGAGGAAAUCGUGA